AAGUAAUGGAACUCAAUAUCGAGUCCGCUCCAAAGCGAGCGAUUGUGGCCAUUCUGUCCUCAUCGAUUGUGACCUGUCUCAUUUUCUUGACGCUUUUUAUCCAAUAAGCCUGUCAAUGUCACAGCUUUUCAAUAUUUUGAUGGUUUCAAGUAGAAACACGCAAGACCUCGUAUAUCAUGUCCGGCCGCCCUGCGACGCCAAGCCUCAAACACGGCUGCACAAAAGCAUCGAUCUCCCGUAUUCGCAUCCAUUGAUUGCCUGUGCAGCAGCAAACCCGCCUUUUCUUUCACAACUCAAAAUCACCCCCGGACUUUUUUGA